AUGCUUUCAUGUAUACUUAUAAUUCGCACCAUUAUUCUCCAUCAAUUAAACACCCCUAUAAUUAUUCCACUGCCAGAUAACCCGGCACCCGAAAAAGACAUCAUCGAUUGUAUUCCGAGCCCUCCGCCCGAGCGACAGUCCUGGGCAGCAUUUGGCACUGGUCCAGGGACCAGAGUCUAUGGCUAUCCGUCCAAGGGCGGAUACUAUCGGCUGGACGAUUGCCUUGGGAUCGAACUUGACUUCCUGGGGCUUGAUCGAUUUAAUGUCACGAGACAUCCGCCGGAAUCUGAUCCGGAGUGGCAGGCAAAGGAGGAUGCUCACUUGCGACAUCUAGGCGCGACCUGGGUGAAAUAUCAUGAUGAUGACUUUUGGUUCACGGUGGAGGGCCCCGAGGACAGUGAUCCAUAUACAAAGGUUGGCUGGCCUGCCGCGGGUGGCGUCUGGGUGUUGCACAUCACGUACGGUGAGGCGUGGAAGAGGGGCGCGGCGAUCCUCUAUAAUGCGAGGGAUAUGGAGGAGCGUUGUGAGUUGAUCAAGAGGUUGGGGGGCGAGUUCUUCGAAGACCCGAACGAUUGUCCCUAUCUGGAUCUUUCGUGA